UGCAGGGACUGGGAAUCUUGUUAAAGUUGAGGGUCACAUGGAUUCCCCUCAAUAUCACCAGAUUCUGGAGAACAAUGUCCAGGAAUCAGUGACAAAGUUGAAGUUGCGCCGGGGCUGGAUCUUUCAACAAGACAACGACCCUAAACACUGCUCAAAAUCUACAAAGGCAUUCAUGCAGAGGAACAAAUACAACGUUCUGGAAUGGCCAUCUCAGUCCCCAGACCUGAAUAUUAUUGAAAAUUUGUGGUGUGAUUUAAAGCGGGCUGUCCAUGCUCGUCACACAGGACCUCAGUCUCCUCAGGAGGUGUCUGAGGCCAGUCAUCUGGGUGCAGGCGACCUGCCCGGCUUUGUGGUCCAGGGUGACUAUGUCAUCGGUGGGAUUUUCCCCAUUCAUUUUAAUCUGAAAAUACCAGACCUUAACGGCACCUACAGACCACCACCAAUAAAUUGCAAUGGAAUUGAUCCCAAGGCUUUCCGGUGGGCUCAGACUAUGAGACUGGCAGUGGAGGAGAUAAACCAGAAUCCAGUGCUGUUGCAGAAUCACACUCUGGGCUACAAAAUCUUUGAUUCAUGUGGAUAUCCACUGACAGCACAGAGAGCUGUUUUAUCCAUGCUGAACGGAGUGAGUGAGGAAAACUCUUCUAUGUGUACAAAUGCCUCAUCACUCCUCGCUGUGAUUGGGGCUUUUGGAUCUUCUCAGUCUAUUGUUUUGUCAAGAAUCCUGCAAACAUUCAGGAUCCCCAUGAUCAGUUAUGCUUCUACAUGUGCAUGUUUGUCAGACAGACAGAAAUAUCCAACCUUCUUCAGAGUAGUUCCUAGUGAUGACUACCAGGUGAAAGCCUUUGCACAGCUGCUGGUGCACUUUAACUGGACUUGGGUGGGGCUUCUGCGAGGAGACCAUAAUUAUGGACACUUUGCUGCAAAAGGUCUACUGAGAGAAUUACAGGACACCAAAGUAUGUGUAGCGUACCAAGAAAUUAUUCCUCUGCUCUACACUCGCCAGGCGGGACUAAGGAUCAUGAAGGUGAUGCAUAGCUCUACUGCAAAAGUGGUGUUGGUAUUUGCAGAUGAGGGGGAGAUGGCACCUUUCUUGAGAGACUACAUGACUCAGAACAUCACUGGAAUCCAGUGGGUGGCGAUUAAUGCCUGGGUCAAAGCAUCAGUCUUUUCAGGGAGAGAGUAUUACCCUUACUUGGGAGGAACCAUUGGGUUUAGCAUCAGAAUAGGUCAUAUCUCCAGACUGGGUGACUUCCUGCAGACAGUAAACCCUAAGAGAUAUCCUGACAAUGUGCUGGUUCGUGAGCUGUGGGAGUCUCUGUAUGGCUGCAAUCCUUUUCCAUCCUCUGUCACCCAGAUGCCGCCGUGCUCAGGGCAGGAGUCUCUGCUGGAACAGCACUCAGCCUACAUGAAUACAUCCAGCCCUAGAUUCUCAUAUAAUGUCUAUAAGGCUGUAUAUGCCAUUGCUCAUUCCCUGCACAACCUCCUUCUCUGUCAGCCAGGGAGGGGGCCUUUCCAGAACAACUCAUGUGCUCAGAGGAACAACAUACAACCUUGGCAGCUGCAACACUAUCUCCAGGAAGUGAACUUUCACAUUGCUGGUGAGGAGGUGGCCUUUGAUGCCAAGGGCAACUCUGUACCCUAUUAUGAUAUCAUCAACUGGCAGAGAGGAACAGAAGGAAACAUCGAAUUUGUCAACGUGGGUUUGUUUGAUGGAACCAAGACUAUUGGAGAGGAGCUGUUGAUCCAGAAGGACAGGAUAAUGUGGGCAGGACAUCAGAUAGAUUGUACAAUUUGUCCUGAGGACUUCUGGUCAAACAACGACAGAACAGCCUGCAUUGCCAAGAAAGUGGAGUACUUGACCUUCGAUUCAUUGGGAAUAGCCCUGACAGUGAUGUCUGUGGUGGGCGCCUGCUUCACUCUGGCUGUCUGUGGAGUCUUCUUCUGUCACAGACACACAGCCAUUGUCCGUGUGAAUAACUCUGAGCUCAGUUUCUUCAUACUGUUUGCACUAACUCUGUGUUUUCUUUGUUCUCUGCUUUUCAUUGGAAAGCCAACAUAUUGGUCCUGCAUGCUGCGCCACACUGCCUUUAGCAUCAUAUUUUCACUGUGUAUUUCCUGCAUCCUGGGGAAGACCCUGGUGGUACUGGCUGCAUUCACUGCCACCAGGCCAGGGCACAACAUCAUGAAGUGGCUGGGGCCUAAGCAGCAGAGGACCAUUAUCUUUAGUUGUACUCUGGUUCAGGUGGUUAUCUGUGCUGCCUGGCUCAUUGAUGCUCCCCCGUUUCCAUCCAGAAAUGCACAAUAUGAACAUUCAAAGAUUAUAGUGGAGUGUAGUGUGGGCUCUAGCCUGGCCUUCUGGUGUGUUCUUGGAUAUAUUGGUCUACAGGCCUGUCUGUGCUUUGUAUUGGCUUUUCUGGCUCGAAAUUUGCCGGGAAACUUUAACGAGGCCAAGUUCAUCACAUUCAGCAUGCUGAUCUUCAGUGCUGUGUGGCUAGCAUUCAUCCCUGCUUAUAUCAGCUCCCCUGGAAAUUAUGCAGAUGCAGUUGAGUCAUUUGCCAUCUUGGCCUCCAGCUUCGGUUUAUUGUUCUGCCUGUUUGCUCCAAAGAGUUACAUUAUUUUACUGAAGCCUGAAAAGAAUACAAAACAGCACCUGAUGGGGAAAGAAAAGAAAUGAUGAAACACACAUUAACCCAAAGUUAUUGCAUCAGUAACAAGACUUGGAUAACUAAACAUUUAAAAAACAUGUUUGAUAGUCAAUGUUGAUUUGAAAUUGAUAUAUCUUUAUAGAUAUGACUCUGUAGUGACAAUCUUACAAAACUGAUACAUCAUUAAACUGUGGUGGUGUGA